GCCAGGGCCAUAAUUGGCCGCGUGUGCAUCUGCCGGACCAGCGCCUCAACCGUGUUGCCUUCACUCUUUAGGGUACCAUUUCGCACCUUAGUUCUUCUUCUGUCUCCUAGGGGGCACUAUUGAGCUUCGACGAUUGAAGUCGGUGUCUGCUAUUGUUAGUUACCUUACAAAGCUCUUCUUCUCCUUCUUCUUCUUCUUCUUCUUCUUCUUCUUAUUCUUCUUCCUUCUCCUCAUCAAAGAUUUGAAGCGGAGAAGGGAAACAUGGUGAGCAAAAGGCAGAAAUUGGCUAAAAAACGAUUCAAGGAAGCAAAUCCGGAUAUGUUUCCCAAACCAGAACCUACGGCUCCCAAAGACCCUAGUUCAAAAAAGAAGAAGAAGAAGAAUAAUUUCAAGCGCAAGAAAUCAGAAAUCAAAGGACCAAAGACCCUAGAUAAGUCCAACAAACCAUCCUUUAGAAAGCAUCCUCUUAGAGUCCCUGGAAUGAAACCAGGAGAGAGCUGCUUCAUCUGCAAAGCCAGAGAUCAUAUUGCCAAGUUUUGCCCUGAAAAGGCUCAGUGGGAGAAAAAUAAGAUUUGCUUGAGUUGUCGGCAGCGUGGGCACAGUCUCAAGAAUUGCCCGAAUAAGAAUAGUAAAACCAGCCAGAAAUACUGUUAUAAUUGUGGAGAACCUGGGCAUUCACUUUCUGAAUGUUCCCGACCUCUUCAAAAUGGAGGUACAAAUUUUGCGAGUUGCUUCAUCUGUAAUGAGCGUGGACACUUGAGUAAGAACUGCCCAAAAAAUACUCACGGAAUUUACCGAGAGGGUGGUUCUUGUAAAAUAUGUGGUGGCGUGACACAUUUGGCUAGAGAUUGCCCUAAUAAAGGCAACAUAAGUUCUACUACUGCUACUGGAGUAAAAACGAUAGGUGAUUUCCAACAGGUGACUUCACUAGUAGGGGGGGAUGAGCUUGAAGAUGAUUUUUAUGAUCCUGCGAAUUCAGCAUCUGGAAUGGCAGUGAAUGACGAAUGUAAGCUGAAGUUCUUGGAACUAAAAGCGAAGAGGAACUAUCGUUUCAUUGUUUUCAGAAUUGAGGAGAAGAUCCAACAGGUGAUGGUGGAGAAGCUUGGGCUUCCUGAAGAGAGCUACGAGGAUUUUGCAGAUAGCUUGCCUGCCAAUGAGUGCCGCUACGCCGUCUUCGAUUUUGAUUUCAUUACCGACGAGAACUGCCAGAAAAGCAAGAUUUUCUUCAUUGCCUGGUCUCCUGAUAUAGCAAGGGUAAGGAGUAAGAUGCUCUAUGCUAGCUCCAAGGAUAGAUUCAAGAGAGAACUGGAUGGAAUUCAAGUGGAGUUGCAAGCAACAGAUCCAAGUGAGAUGAGCCUGGACAUAAUCAAAUCCCGAGCCAUCUGAAAUACCACCAUGCACCUUCUGCGUCUCAUUCAACAAACAACCUAAUCUCCUUGUUAGUUGCUACUGUUUCAUAUUUCCUGAGCCACUCCCUUUAAUUCUUUUGCCUUGUUUUUAAUGACUUUUAUGUGGGUUUAGAGUUCUAAAACCAUUAAUGGGAUAUGAAGCUAGUCAUUUGUAUUUUUUUUUAAUUGGCCAUUUCUCACGGCUACAUUGCGAAUUUGUUAUCAGCCAUGAGCCUGCCUCGCUGUAUACAGACGAUGAAACCGAUGGUGCUGAUGAUUCGAGGCUCUCUUUAAAUCUCCUUUUCUUCUUCUGGGUUUUCUAAUUCUUUUUUCCUUUCUUAUUUGAAAGGGUUUCUCAGUGUACCUGUACCUGCAUUUUUAUUUCCAAUUGGUUUCUAGGGACAAUUGUUUUAUCUUGUUUAUAUAUGUGGAAAUGGAUCAUUAUUUACA